AUGCUGAGCGGAGGCAAGGCCAAGGAUCAACUCCUGCAAGAAGGUGCAACCAUCUCACAAACUUGUGAAGACGCAACGGACCUCAGAGCCAUCAUGUUCCUUCUUUUGCUGCAGCUCGUCACCCUCUGCCAUGCACGACCUGGCUGGGACCAGGCCGUCGACAGCGAGAACUCGAGGGACCCGGCCGAGGAGAACAUCUCAGAAACAAUCCUGAGGAUGAACAAUGGUUCAACUGAAUACCUGAUAGAGGGGGAUGUGGUGAUUCCGAAAACGAGGACCGCCAUGAAGUGCACCGGCAAUGCAUACAGCUGCCUGUGGCCUAAGUCUCACAACGGCAAAGUCGAGAUCCCCUACAGCAUCAUAGACAAAUACACUAAUUCGGAGAAGAGAACCAUUGUAGGUGCCCUGAGGGCUAUGGAGGCCAGAACCUGCAUCCGCUUCAUCCCACGAACAACCCAGAGGUCUUACCUCAGCUUUGAGCCCAAAUUCGGCUGUUUCUCAAUGCUGGGCCGCACAGGUGAAAAGCAGUUGGUGUCGCUGCAACGUUUCGGCUGUGUCCAGCACGGCAUCAUCCAGCACGAGGUGCUGCACGCCAUGGGCUUCUACCACGAGCACACGCGCAGUGACCGCGACCGGUACAUCCGCAUCAACUGGGAGAACAUCCAGGACUAUAACAAGUACAACUUUGAAAAGCAUGACACUGAUAAUCUCAACAUCCCCUAUGACUACAGCUCCAUACUGCACUACGGAAGGACCGCCUUUGGAGUGCGACAGGCCGUAACCCUCACACCCAUCCCUGACAGCUCUGUGGAAAUCGGCCAGCGGGAGGACCUCUCUGACAUGGACAUCCUCCGGAUCAAUCGUCUCUACAAGUGCUCCAAUUAA